AUGGCUAUUGUACAUCAAAUUGCUGUAAAUCCAUUAUGUAAAGUUGAGGAUCUUCGCCGUCAAUGUCCACAUUCAAAACUUCAUGAAACAGUUAAAAAUGAUAUGCAAAAAGCUUUUUGGGAUUUACUGCGUGAAGAUUUGUCUAAAAAUCCACCUGAUAAGAAGAAUGCUUUUUCUUUGAUCGUUGACCUAAAAAAUAUGAUUACUGAACACUUAGAAUCAGCAAAUUUAUUAAAUGCUCUUUCUGCAGUUAAUGAAGCCUUAGAUUUUGAACAUUUACAAAAUUUAUUUGAUAAAAAUGCUCUCAAUUUAAAUGAAAUACUUGGCACUAUUCUUUCAGUUUUGGAGAGAUUAUGUGCUCCAAUUAGAGAUGAACUUGUUAUAAAACUUAAAACAACAGAAGAUACAAUUGAAUUAUUUAAAGGAAUUUUUGAACUUGUAGAAUUAAUGAAAAUGGAUAUGGCUAAUUUUGCACUUUCACAAAAUCGUCAAUUAAUUACUUCGCAGUCAGCAAAAAUCGAAUUUGAGGAAUUUAUGAAGAUUUAUGAAAUGGAUAAAUCUGUCGCUAAUAAUAUUAGACAAUGGCUUUGUACAUUAUUAAAAGAAUUUUUAGAUAAAGAAGAAAAGAAGAAGAAUAGUCUUUCACAUUCUGAUAUAAAUGAAUUAAUUUUGUCAUUUUAUUUAGAAUUAUUAAUUUCUUUUUCAACAAAAUCAAUUUAUUCUUCCUUUCAAUUUCCAGAAACAAUAAAAAUGGAUGAAAAAAGAAUUGAAGAAUUAAAAAAUAAAUUAUUACAAUUAGAAUUAUUGUCUAGUUCUUUAUUUGCAUGCAUUAAUUUAGCUGGACGUUUAGCUAUUGAAUCAAAACAGUUAUUUAAAAUUAAAUUAAAAAAUGAAUUAAUUAUUUUAUUAAAUGAUUUGAAUUUUAUAAAUUGUUCAGAAAGACUUGAAAAUAUAGCUAUUCAAUGCUGUAAACAUUGUGAAAAAGAAUUUGGUGAAAAUUUUGGAUGGAAUGAAGAACGGUCAAAAAUGUUAAAACAACAAAUUCUUAAUUUUGUAAAUCCAGAAGAACCUGUCAGGAAAAUUGCAAUGACAAGAAUUUGUGAUUUUAUUCGUCAAGUACUUAAACAAAGCGGUGACCCUCUUAAAAUUCCUCCAGGAAUGUCUACAUUCCAAACAGAAUUGGCUUCCUUUACAUCACGUUAUUAUGCAAUUGUAAUGCAUAAUUGGAAUACUUUUGGAAGAUUCUACGCUCAAAUAUUAGACGAAGAAUUUAACAAAUUAUUAGAAAAGAAAUGA